AGUGCCGCUCGCUACUUCUCGUUUGUUGCAAAAACCUGUCCAUAUUGAUUUUAUCGGGCCAUGUUUGGCCGAAUUCACCGAACCGGUCGCGGGUCCUAAGGACAGGACAUGGGACCGUUUGCCAGUGUCAUUUUGCAAUGGGCGCUGCUUCCCGGAGCAGCGAUAAGAGACAGCUUGAAGCCUGAAAGUCUCGUGUUGGACGCAGGUCGAGAUGGAUGUCUGGAGGAAGCCAAACGAAUCGAGCAGUUGAUGCGGGAUCUGGCUUAUCCAGGCCCUUUGGAAGGGAACCACUGUGACUGGCCCGGCAUCACUUGUUGGCAAAACUGCCGAGUCGAGAAGAUCGAAUGUGAGAACUGCAGCGGCCAUCUGCCGGAGAAAAUUGAGCUCCGGCAUCUCUGGGAAGUAAGUCUCACAUCGCCCACGCUCACUGGCAAUAUCAAAGCCUUCAGCGGGAUUCAACUACUCAAUUCUUUGGAGCUCAAGGGGACAGAGAUCACAGGUGAACUUGAAGUCUUCCGGGAGGACAAUUUCGUCAGGUUGCUGUUGGCGGAUACCAAGAUUUCGGGAAAUCUGCAGAGUUUAGCUCGCAUGGAGCUAAGAGAGCUGGAUUUGAGCGGCACAGCAAUCUCGGGAGACUUGCAGAGCUUAGUUGGAGAUGUCGAUUGGUAUAGUAGUGAGUCCAUCAGCAAGCGCCGAUUGCGACAUCUGAAGCUUGGCCGCACCAACAUCACAGGCCGGUUGUCCUCGUUGACGCGCUUUCCGAUUCUCAAAGAAGUGGACCUGUCCUAUACCUCAGUCAGUGGCUGGGUAGAUAGCAGCUGGAGAAGCAAGUGUAAAGAUUUGCUCAUUUUGCAGCUUCGAAAGACUUCGGUGCAGUUCGUUCCUGUCGGAGAAGAGCUCGAGCGCCUGAAAGAUCAUUGGACGGGCGGGCGAUUGCGCCUCUUCCCAAAGUUGAAGGAGCUGGAUGUCACACAUUGUCCGGUGAACAACACGGUCGAGAACCUGUUGCUACCUUUGGCCAUGUCCCAACUGAGCACCAUCAAGGCAGCUGCUGCAGGCAUUUCUGGCGUAGUGCCACAACUGGCAAAAGAGUUGACCAAUUUGAACGCGGCGAAAGAACUGGAAGAUGUGCAUUUCAUUUUGCCCGACAAUUUGGUGAUUCUAGAUUUGUCCUUCAACAACAUCACUGGGGUGAAUGGACUUCCGGUGUUGCCCCACUCCGGCCGCGUGUUGUUGCGGGAAAACUCUCAGCUUGUCGUGCCAUCCAAAGUGUUGACAGAAGCCUUGAAACACCAAAUCAUACUUGAUUUGUCCGGUACAAAUCUCAGCAACAAAGAAGAGAUAGCACAAUUGCUCGCAAAAGGAGAAGUCAAGACCACGGACAUGUAUGCGCAUCGAAAUGAUCUUGCGGGCUAUGCCUGUAAAGAUCUGGUGGGCACGGUGAAGGUGGCUCCCGAAACCUUCGUGCCUGAUGAGAUGUGCAAAUGCCUAGCUGGAUGGCAUGGACAUGGAGCAACCUGCCAGAUCUGUCCAGCUGACCAGUUCAGCGAUGAAAUGGGUCUUGACAUUUGCAAAAUGUGUCCUCCAAACAGCACAGCACCGGAAGGUUCCACGAAACUGGCGCACUGCAAAUGUGAUUUUGGCAAUCUCCACAAUGGCACCUGCUCAUGCGACAAGCACCAUGCCUUGAUAAAGGGCGAUUGUGUUCUCUGCAGCAAACUGCACCUGCAGUGCAACACCUCGGGAGUCAGCGCUUCAAGCGCGUUGCCAGAGAUCAGUUUCACACGCCUGCAGCGUAGCGCUGAAGAAGCUCACAGGUGUCUGCCACCCGGUGAGUUGGAACGUUGUCCCGGCAAUCACCAGUGCGGCUUGGGUUACGAUGGGACACUUUGUGCUACUUGUGCAGCUGGAUUCUGGGCCAAAGCAGGAAGAUGCAGGCCCUGUGCAGAAAUGAAUUCAACCUCGAUUUGGUAUGCAGUUUUUCUCGGAGUCGCAGCCCUGGUGGUAGCAGCCUUCCUGGCAUACCGACAUGUCUUCCUGCCUCGGCAAGUGGCGCCACCAGUCUCUGUCAAAAGUCUGCUACAAAAGCUCAUUACGCUGCAAGCUCCUGUGUUGCUUCAGAUGGUGCAGUUGUGGAGUGUUUUGAGCCGUUUGGGUCGGAGUUCAUCCAGUCCAUCCGGUGGAUCUAGCCAAAGCUUGCCGGAAGUACCGUACUUGGAAGCGUUACAGCUGACGACCACUGAGCUUCAGAACUCUCUGAAUUUGCAGUGCGCCUUCAAUGCAGAGACUGUUCGCAUGCUGGCUGCCCUGAGUUCUCCGGUGGCGCCACUGCUGUUGCUGGCGUGCUGUGCGGCACUGGAACUUUAUCGUGCUGGCUUUGGCGUUAGCAUGGCGUUGAAGACCCUGACGCUGCUCUUCAUUGGUGGCGCAUCCAGUGCAUCAGAACUUCUGAGUUGUCAGUCUGUGGAUGGAGAUGGCGAAAGCCUGGGAGAUUUUGCCUUUCGGAAAGCCAUUCGACAUCUUCGCUGCUCCGAAACCGAUGGCGUGGCGUUCUGGGUCGAUAUGGUUGGCUACAGCAGUGCUUUGGCAUAUGGUGUCCUGAUCCCUCUCUUUCUCGUUGGCCUCAUGGUCAGACAGUACUUUGCUCUUCAGGAAGCACGACUCUUUUAUGCCUCUGCCGAAGGAGGUACGCCUCAGCAUGUCACGCUGCGUUUGCAAACUUUGCACGGGCAGCUACCGGAAGAGGCACUUCCAAAACGCCUGUUGGCAGCAGUGGCAGCCCAUAUGGCAGUGCAUUGCCGUGGAAAGUGGCUGGUCCAAUUACAGGAUGGAUACAUCAGCGCCACAUCCUCGGGUGGUGAGGAAAUUCCCGCGGAUCAUUUGGAUCUGAUGAAAGUUGUAGCAGAUGCAAAAACCUCCAGAAACAUCGACGUGUUGCGAAGCCGGCGGGUUGCUGAGAUGUUGACUGAGCGCAUUAUGCUGGAGGAAGCCAAAGAUCGUUGGCUGAUUGGCUCUCAAGCUCUUUUGUGCAAGUACAUGCUCUGCCAGGACGUGUGGAUGCACCUGGUCAUGAAAUUGUUCGCCGUGGCUUUGGUCUCGUGCGUCUCAAUGUCUGACGCCUGGAAAUGGGCCAUCGCUUUCAGUCUGGGUAUGGCGGUGCUAGUUGGGGCAUGCCAGCCGUAUAUGUGGCCGCAGGUGAGCCAACUACAGAGCCUGAGUUGCUUUUGUUUGGCCUUAGCAUCUUUGGCUUUUGUCUACGACUGCGCUUGGUUGGCACGCAUAGCUCUGCUGGCGCCAGUGCUACUUCUACUUUGGCAGGUGCUAAGCCCUGAUUGCACAGAGGCCCUGGCUGAGAGGUUGUACCAGGACAUCAAAAGAAAGGGGAGAUUCGACACCUGAAAGGAUCACAGAUAAUCAGACCAUAUUUGAUUCAUGAUUUCGGAUAUAUUAUCUAUAUUUCUGGAUGAGAAUCAAUACAGACAAGAUAUAUAAUCAGGUGACAAUCAGACAAAUAUAUUGAUUACAUACCCAAUGAUUCUAAAUCCAUAUAAAUUUAAAUAUAAUCCACACAGUUGCGUUGCGGGUUUCUAGUUGAUGCCAUCCUCAAUUUUCUGCUUCAGGAGCUGCAGUUGGAGCUUCCAAAGUUCCAGCGUGGAGAAGGCCAUGAAGUCAUCGUACAGCAGCUGCGCUUCGGCCGUGGCCGUGGCCGUGAUGACCUGCGUGGCCGUGGCCGUUUGGAAUGACACGGCUGAGACCAAUAGUGUACAAAAACACCAAAAAGGUCCAAGAAUUUUCUGCGCCAGCGAAAACUGAUGAGAUCAAAUUCAAGAUCUCUUAAAGGGGAUCAUUUUCACAUGUGAAUGGAAGAUGUGAGUAAUCGAGACAUAUCGAGACACGCUGUGGAUUGGCCAUUAGCUCUACAUGUUAGACCGCGAAAGGAAAGGAACUCUGGUUGCGGUAGCAAUACCGGGCAAUACCAUCCAGUCUUCCAACAAACACUGGGUUCAACAAACAAAAUGACAGGGUAGAUUUCAGGCCUGUCAACAUCUCUCAACCAUAGUCUAUGGAUAUCUAUGGAUGUCUAUGGAGUCAGCUUCAGGCUCGUUCCUCUUCGGUUGGAUCAAUCAGAUUUCUGAGUACUUCUUGUUGGACGUUUUGCUCAAAAUCGAUGCUGCAAGUGGUUUUCUGGACCAGGCCAUGACUGCGUCCCUUCAGCGAGCAAAAAGACAUGGCUUGCG